AUGGCCAAGAGCUCAAGAAGCAGUGCGCUCAAGAAGAACAACAAACAGCUGAAGAAAAAGGUCUUCGGUCCUGCUGAAGCAGCUCGUCAAGAGAGACUGAAUGCAAAGUUGAUGGCACUGGCAAGCCAGCCAAAACCACCAAGAGCUGAGAUGGAGGUCGAGACUGAGGAAACUGUGAAGGACGCAAAAGCCGGCAACGAGAUGCAGGUCGAAGAGGAAGGCACGACAAGCAAGACGAAGGAGCCGACGAGGGCUUCAGGUGUCUUCGACUAUGGUCCGGAUGCCAAGAAGACGCCCAGAGCCUCUCGCUCUGCCUCCAGGGUGCAGAAGACGAGGCAUCGGAGGAACAGGAAUGAUAUUGUCUUUGCGCCCACCGGGAUUGCAAAAGCCAAGGCGAAUGCCAGAAAGCGGAGCAAGCGAUGA